AUGCGUCCAAUGUCUUUUAUUGCUCCUUUAAAUGUGCUUCCGCGAUAGUAACGUAAAGGUUCUCUGGCAGCUAGGCCGACACGCUUUCGGCUUCGCGUUUGCUUAAAUUUGGCCUUUCUGUGCCGCCGUAGUGAGGAAAAACACGGACAAGCAGCUGUUCCAUCAGUGUUAUGUUACAGAGCUCACGUGUAAGACUUUACUGCGUAUAGUGCUGUAGCAGAGACUCAUUUGGAUCGACAAUACUACAAUGGAGCCCGUCAUAAAAAUAAAUCCUGGAGCGACGAAAUGGGACAUUCGUCAGAAAGUGUGGGACUACAUCGAAGAUAAUAAUCUGGCGAAUUUCCCCAGGCCUGUUCACAACAGAAUCCCGAAUUUCAAGGGUGCUUUCACAGCCUGUACCAAGCUGUCUGAGCUUAAGGUGUUCACCCAGGCGACUGAUGUGAAGGUGGAUCCCGACAAACCUCUGGAGGGUGCCCGGCUUGCAGUGCUACAGGCGCAGAAAACUUUACUGGUCCCAACUCCUCGUCUUCGUACCGGCCUUUUCAAUAAGAUCACUCCUCCCGAGGGGGCCACCAAGGAACAGCUACGCAUAUGCUCUUCUUCACAGGGUGUGAGGGACUUCAGUGUGCCUAUGGACCUGGAUGAGAAGGUGAAGGUGGAGCUGGUGGUGGUCGGCUCUGUGGCGGUGUCAGAGAAAGGCUUGCGGAUUGGAAAAGGAGAGGGCUUUGCUGACAUGGAGUUUGGCAUGAUGGCCUCCAUGGGAGCUGUGGAUGCAUCUACUGUGGUGGUUACUAUUGUCCAUGACUGCCAGGUGGUGGAUAUUCCAGAGGAGAUAAUUGAAAGCCAUGACCUGACUGUGGACUACAUCCUCACACCUACCAGAGUCAUUAAAACCAGUUGCCUGUUCCCCAAACCACAUGGGAUCUUCUGGAAUAAGCUGCACAAUGAAAAGCUGGAGAAGAUCCCCAUCCUGAAGAAGAUGCUUGCUCUGGAGGAGCAGGCUGGAAAGGAUGUGACACUUGGGGAGGCCCCCCCACCCGCCGAGCCUGGUCAGACCGGUCCGCCCAAAAGGCAGAACAGGCGGAGACCAAGGCAGAACGUACACCCGGAUGAUAUGGGAGAAUCCAAACAGGAGAACGUAGACUCCGAAAGGAAAGGCAGACAGCGCCCAGCGAGAGUGAGGAAAGAAAGCCGAGGAGAAGGCGGGGGAGGUUACGAGAGAGGAAAGGGAAAAAGUGGAGAGAACGGGAAGGAGAAGGGCCCAGAGGAGGGGGGGAGUGAAGUCGCGUCUCAGCGUAAGCUCCCUCUGAGUGUGACCACGGUUUACCUGGGGGGGAUCCCUGCCGGCCUGCGCGUUAGUGAGCUGAAAGCCGCCCUCAGGGAGAAGGAGGCCGCCCCGCUGAGGCUCACCUGGCAGGGAGCUCAACACAGGGCCUUCCUGGACUACUGUGACCCUCAGGCUGCAGAGCUGGCCCUGGAGGCUCUGCAGGAUCUCAACCUGAAUGGUCACAGUCUGCAGGCUGAGCUGGCCAAGAGCCAGCGGGGAGGCAAGCGGUCUGGACAGUCCAAUCGGAGACCAAGACCAUCAACACCCCCCAAAUCUGAUACGCCGCCAGCCGAUACUGAGAGCGACACGACUGAGAAGACUGAGGCGUAAUAGCAAUAAGCAAAACUCAGCCCAAGAAGUAUUAAGUGUGGAGCAACGUAAAAUUGCCUUGAGAAGAAAUAAGUUUGUUUUUUGGAUAUUUUGGGGUUUAUUACCAGAAGACAUCAGUUACUCGAACCAUAGACGUCUAAAUUGACGACCAAGACUAAUGGGCUUUAAAAAAUAUGAAUAGAAUAUGCAAUAGUUGAAUCAAAAAGCAUUUCACUAAGAAGGUAUUUUCUACAUAUACCAUUUCACGAUGCGUAACAAAACACCUAUGUGCCUUGUUUAUUCACACGCUCCUCGCGGUCUGCGUCUCCAGAGCCUUCAGUUUUUAAAGGCUCUUUUUUGAGUAGUUCUUAAAGAUGGAGGAGAGUUAUUUUACUUUAGAACUGGAGACUGUAUACAGUCUUUGUUAUAAUACAAUUCUAGAGUAAAUUGUUGUAACGCGUUCAGUACAUUUUAUUUCCAUUACCAGUUAUCAUACUUUCCUCCGAGGGAGUCUUAUUUUUAAACCUGUUUGUCUGCUUGUUGCACUCAAAACUAUUUACGAAGGUCAAAGAUGAGCCGUUUAAUUUUAGUUGCAGAUAGCGCAGCCGCGUGGUCAUUUCAACAAUCUAUACCAUCCUGGUGAUUCCUGAGCCCGGAAGCUUCCCAGUAAAAGGAGAGACUCCCUGGUCCAACAUUUACAUAUCUAUAUCUCUCUAUCUAUAUAUAUAUAUACACGAUGCCACACUCAUGUUUGACUACACAGGAGUUGAUUCUUUUAAAACACGUUUUUCAACUCUGUCGUAUUUGAAUGACCAUAGCAUUAUUAUAUUUUCCAUUGCACAAUACAGACCCAUUUGACUUUAUUGGCAUACAUUGUUAUGUUAUGCAACAUUGCUGUGCAGUUACAACCAAAUGGGCACGUUUUAAAAUUGUUAUGCCGUUUUGAUUACAGACUACAGGAACACAUUGUGUUUGGAAGACCAUAACUCGGUCAUGAUUGACUCGUGAGAAUUCUGACUAAGUUGAAUUAUUUUUGAACAAGUCAUCCUUUCAUACGGCCUAGGGUUCAGGUAUUUUUAAGAAGUCCUUAUCCUUCUGUGUAUUUAAACUGGUAUCUGAAUCUAGAUGCUAAUUUAUACAGAUCUAAAACUAUUUUAUUUGAAAAUAACUAAUUUAGAGGUUCCUGUAGCCUUGUUGGAGUUAUGCUUUUUGAUUUCUUCCUUGCAGUUUCUACUUGCUUAUGUUUCUUUUCAGAAUAUUUUGGAAGUUAACAUUGUACAUUCAAACAGUGAUAAUUGUAUCUUUUGUUCAUAGACAUGUCACAUUCAUGGCUUUCUGUUGGGUUUGAGUCUGAAGCCUGGCUCGCCAUGUCACGGUGAAGAGAUGCUACGGUGCCGGCUGAACUGUUCUCGUGUUAAUGCAUCCGUUUGUAACCAUUCUAACGUUCUCCAUUGAAGCGUUUGACUCUA